GUGACAACAGACUGGUGAAUAUUUUGGAAUUAAUUAGAACAAGGUGAGUUUGCAAUGGUUUGUACACAUUUUUGUCUGAAAGGACAAUGAGUGUGAAUUCGAGAGAGAAGGACAAUCUUGUAAUUAAAAACAUGCAUUUUUGUAUGUAUUUUUUCAGUGCAAGAAUCAGAAGUUCCGGUAUAUAUUAUCUUUGUUAAACCAGAUUAAUUCUUGCAAGACCAUACAUAUAUAAGGUUUAGCCAUGAAUCGAGGAUAUUCAGGUUCCAAUUAUGAUCGUCAUGUGGAGAACACAAACACCUCGACAUUCCACAAGAUGAAAGAAACAUAUUGGACAACUAAACAAGCUGUCAUAAAAAAACUUGGAAAAAAGGAAGAUGAACAUGUAGUAGCUUCCGACUCCCAACUUGAUGCUAAAUUAGAGGUAUUUAAAGCCAUACAGAAAUCUUCCAUGGAUUUAUUACGUGUUAUAGAAAGAUAUCAGGAUAGAUUAUGUGUAAUAUCUAUGGAAGAAAAUGCCAUGGGAAGAUUUUUAAAAUCCCACAGUAAUGCCGAUAAAACUAGAGCCGGUAAAAUGAUGGCCGCUGUGGGUAAAUCACAGAGUUUUUCUGCUCAACAAAGGCUUGCCCUCAGAGUACCUUUAGUACGACUUUACCAAGAAGUAGAAACAUUUCGUUACCGUGCAAUAUCUGAUACUUUAGUCACUAUAAACAGAAUGGAAGGAGCCAGGACAGAAUAUAGAGGUGCCCUCCUGUGGAUGAAAAAUGUCUCGGAAGAAUUGGACCCAGAUACAUAUAAACAAUUAGAAAAAUUUAGAACGGUACAGACACAAGUGCGUAAAACUAAAAGUAAAUUUGAUAAAUUGAAAUUGGACGUAAUGCAGAAAGUUGAUUUAUUAGCGGCUAGUCGAUGUAAUAUGUUUUCACAUGUAUUAGCUAAUUAUCAAACAACAUUAUUACAUUUCUGGGAGAAAACUUCACGUACUAUGUCAGCUGUUGCUGAAAGUUUUAAAGGUUAUCAGUAUUACGAAUUCAACAUGUUGAAGGAACUAGCGGAACCAUGUCGAGAAUUAUCAGAAAAAACAUCACAAAGACAAAUUGCUGAGAAAGACACAGAUGAUCAGGAUAGAGAAAAUAGUGGAAGUUAUGAGUCAGAAGAAGAGGAAGAUAACUCUGAUACGCAACCUGUAAAACUAACAUCAAACUGUCAGGAAAUAGACAGAUUAUUGUCAUUGGAUGAUGAAAAUACAACAAACGAUAGUAAAACUAGUGAUCAGUCAACACCAAGUCUUCUACAGUUAGCUAAUCAACAAACACAUAGUAAUAGUGAUGAUAAAAAAGAUUUAGAUGAUGAUUUUGGUCCAUUUAUAGAUUUUGGAGAUGAAGAUAAAACAAUAGAGGAUAUAGAAAAAGAAAUUGAAAAUUUUGAUUUUAGUGGAAAAACUAUUUUAAGUUCGAAGAGUAAAGAGAAAAAAUCAGAUGGUCCUAAAGAUUUAUUGGUAGAUGAUAUUGAAGAAGAUAAUACAGAUAAAGAUGAUAUGACCUUAUUAAAUGAGAUAAUGAAUGCUCCCUCAACAGGAGGAGAUGAAUUUACACAGGAAUGGCAGGCCGUAUUUGGUGUUAAUCAGUUAUCUACAUCAACGGGUAGUGUUUUAACAGCUGAAUCAGAUCAACCUAAAACACCAGCUGAAUUCAUGCCUUCUAGUUUACUUGAUAUGUCAUCAUUAAUGACUGAACAAGCUUCCAAUCCUGUCAAUGGUAAUGGAACUGAUUUAUUAGGAGCUAUAGGAGGAAAUCAGAAAAUGUUGCCACCAUCAUCCGGUCAGCCAGCGCAGAUCAAAUCAAAAUCACAACCACAAUCUAAAAAGAGUCAAAAGUCUGACAUGUCUGCAUGGUUUAAUCUGUUUGCUGACUUGGAUCCAUUAUCAAAUCCUGAUGCUAUUGGUAGAAAACCCAAUGAAAUAACAGAGAUGUGAUAUACUAUAUAUUAUAAUGAUUGUGAUUUAGUUGUAUUUAUGGUGUACUUGUUUACCACUGUCAGUCAAAUAACAUUUUUAAAAAGUAUUAAUGCUAGGUUCCCACUAUCACGAUUCGGGCUAUGCAUGAAAUAGUGGUUUUAAUCAUGGAGUAAUCGUGGUGAUCCUAUCAAGUCUUAUCAUAUAUUGAGGUCAGUCGUAGCAAUGGUAUUGAAUGUAUCCGAAUGUAUCUGCACGUACCAGAUCGUGAACUCAAUAGGGACAAAUACUAUCGUAACGCAUCGCACGACAGUGGGAACCUAGCAUAAGUUUUUUUCUCUGCCCAUCAUGGGUAAUAUUGGUCUGUAAUUGCUUGCAAACACAAUGUAAGUGUAAAUUUUUCCCAAAUGGAAUAUGUGACUUUAUAUUCAUAAGUAUAGCGCGGUUGAUGCAAACGUGUCCCUAAACUUAUUUUCACUUAAUCUGUUAGAUGAGUUUGAAUUUAAAAAAUCCAUUUUAGUACCAUUCGUGAAAAUAUUGCCCUUGGACUUACAAAAUAAAAUUGUUUUUAAGUAAUUUCAAAAUUUGUUUUAAAGUUUACAUUUUUCAUUCAGUUUUGAUGAAAAUUGGUGUGUGAUCUGAUAUCCAUGAGAUUUGGGUUAAGUUUGAAUCAUUAGCAUCGUUAGUUAUUCCCAUAGACUGUUUUAAGUCCAUGCAAUGUUAGGUCAGUUAUAGCUGUGUACAUAUGGGAACUGAAUGAUAUUCUAAAGUUAAUGUGGGUGUAUAUGCGAUGGUGUCAUGUCAUAAUUCAUUUCUUAACCUGUUAACUGCGUAGGGCGUUAUAUAACGUCCUGGACAACUGCCACUCACCGUGUGUAGGACGUAAUAUAACGUCCUGGAGGUAUUUCCCCCAACCUAUUCUUCGAAGGGAGACAACUCUAUUUACCGUUAGUUUUAAUUUGGUUUCAGACUACCAAAUUUUGUAUUCAGGAAUGAAAAGGUCCAAAAUGACGUUUUUCGUCAAAUUAAUUACGCAAUAGGGGGUAGUUAACGUUUUAAAAACUACGCAGUUAAGGGGUUAAUAUCAUCAAUAUAUUGAGUUAAUGUAGUUUAUGUAUUCUGUACAUGAAAUGGUGAAUGAGACAAGGAGAAAGAACUAGGAACGUGCAAUAACACCAUUGAUAAUGGUUGACAAUUAUAUGAUGUAUAUAAUACUAUUUAAUCCUCGAAUAUUUUAUUGUUGAUAUAUUAAUGGAUUUGGUUAUUAUUUUUGCUAUAGAUAUGUUAAAAUCUGUGACAUAGGUUUUUUUCAAAAUCUUUGUGAAUUAUUGUAUUAUUUAUAUCUUUAUGUAUGACAGAAGUAUUUAUCAUUUAGCUUUUUGUUAAUAAAUGGAAAAGUUUGAAUUUUGCAUUUCUCAUCUUUUUUUGCUCAACUUACGUUAAUAUUAAUAUUUUUUUUGUUUUUUGUUUAUUAUUAAUUUUGUUUGUUUAUCAGGUAUGUUCUAAACAUACAAUGUAAACAUCUGAUGACUCUGUUAAAGAUGCAGUAUGUAUGAGCUAAAUCUACCUAUUGCAGGUCUUUUUUCUGGCUUCGAAUUUUAUAUGAAUUAUUAUUUAGACAUUUAUUCACAUGCCAAGUCUAGAAUCCACUCUCUAGAUCUUCGGGUUGCUGAAAUUUAAAUGGAUUUGAACACCUGGGAGAUUUAAAAAACUGAACAAUAAAAUGGAUAAUCAAGACUUAGUCCUGGUUUUCAAAGGCAGUUGCUAUGUUAAUAAGCGAUCUACGUUGCAACUUCAGUCAUAACUUCGUCCAGAGUAAUGUAAUUUGAAUGAGAUUUUCAAUAUAUUCAUUUUGCAUUAUCAAUUUUUGAACUAUUACAGCAAGAAAGAACGUUGACCUCUUUAUCUAAAUAUUACAUAAUGCAUCUUUAAAUUAAAGAUCUCUUUUAGUAUUUCAUACAUAAUAAAUGUAACGGAUAUAUCUGUAUGUUUGGGUAGAGAGGAAGAUAUGGACGGGGGUUCAUACAAUAUAAUUAAAAUUAUACAAUAAUUUUGUUACAUUUUGUUUUCAGUUGUUUAUCAGAAUAAAUGGAAUGAAUCUGACACAUAAUUAGAUUGGGAAUUGUUUAUUAUUAAUUCAUACAUUCUCUUAGUGUUUCUUGUGUUAAAGAUGUGUUUCUUCCAGAAAAAUUGGGUUCUGUAUUCCAACUCAAAACUUUUUAUUUAAUGCAAUUUAAUGGAGGAAUUUAGUUAGAUUGGUAUUCUAUCAACCCCUUUAUAACCAGCAUUUGAAUACUGUGAGCUAUGAUAUUAUCAUUUAUAUUUCUGGACUACUAAUGACUUCAUAGCUUAGUAAUAUAUUCUUCAUAAUAACAGAAUUAUUGUCCCAUUUGUCAAAGGCAUAUGUCUGUAAUUGUGAUGUUUUAUUCUUUCUGUGAUAUUUUCUUUACAUUUCUCAUUGAUUAUUUUGUGUUUUUUUCUUUUGUAGUUUUUUUUUUAAUAUGACUUUAUUCAUUUCAUUCUUUAACAUUGUAGUAUCUUAUCAAUUUUACUGAAACAUAAUGUUACAUUCCAAUAAUCCUUGUAUUUAUUGAUAUAAUAUAAAGUCCUACAACUGUCAGGACAUUUUAAUGCUACUUCUUGCUUCCUGAUUGAAAUAUUAAAAUUCAAACAAUUCUACCAAGUUUUAAAACAUUCCAUCCUUAACUAUCUCCAACAUCAACUUCUCCCUGUUUUUCUUGAUUGGGUGGCCGAAUUGUUUAACUCUUGCGCUUUAGAUCAUAAGGUCUGUCAUUGGGUCUAGUGGCAAGGUUUCAAUUCCCUGCAUGUAUGUGACAAGGAGUAGGGCCAUGUGUCCAACCAUGAAUGUUUUUUUUGUGUCCACAAACUGCUAAAGACCCCAAUGCGCAAGCAAAUUAUUGAAAUAAAAUUGGAAAAUAGUUUGUGUCAAGUUUCUGUUAAAGACCCCAAUGCGCAAACAAAUUAUUGAAAUAAAAUUAAAAAAUAGUUUGUGUCAAGUUUCUGUUAAACCCCAUUUUUCUCUCAUGACCUAUUGAGACUAGUAAAACUUGUGGACAAGAAGGUAACUCAGCAACAUGAAAUAAAAACAUUCACAAUUACAGUAAGGCUCUACCUAAUGAUUUCCAUGGAUUAACAUUCCAAAAAUCUAAAACAUUCCUCCAUCAAGAACAAUAAUGCUACACAAGUUGCAUUUCAAAAGUUUUUAUUUUUUGAUCAAGGUCUUCAUAAUGAACAAAUCCAAUCAUAGAAAGAUUAAGAACUCUGUAAUUAGUGUUCACAAGCUUUAUUUGUGUACAUUAAAAUGUGAAGUUAACUCUGUAAUUCGUCAUUAGCUUUAUAUUGUUCAUUUAUUACUGAAUCCUACAUAUAUUAUUACAAACAUACCAGAAUGUUUUUUGUUUAUUUCAUUGUAUUUCAUAACUUUUAAAAGAUUAGGAACUCCAACUAUAAGUUACAUUAGAAUUCUGUCAGGAUUGUUUAUUGUAUUGUGUUAUUUGCCAUAUGAAUAUAAUAGUCUGUUUUUAUACAUCUACAUGUCUUUUCAAAUUUUGUGUGAAGCAUUGUGGUCAUGAGAGGACAAACCCUUUCCAGAGUCAACUAUAGUUUUUAUUGUUCCAAAUUUUCCAAUUUAUUAUCCAACCUCGUUGGUUUUCUCUGGGUCCUCCCACUGCUAAAGACCCCUACGCGCAAGCGAAUUAUUGAAAUAAAAUAGAACCAUGUGUAAGUCCCGAAAUGACCUAGAUGUGUCGAGUGGACGUUAAACCCCAUUUCUCUCUCUCUCCAAUUUAUUGGACAUAUUCAUUCUCACACAAUAACAACUAAAAUGGUGUAAUUAUGGUUGAUAAACAGACACGAAGGCAACAUGCUAAACUAGGUUGACAUGUGCAUAGGUAAGGUCUUUAGACAAUUUUACUUUAUUCUCAACUCUUCAUUAGCCCAGUCGGUGCAAAAAAGUAGGACGUUAAACCCCAUUUCAUUUCGUUUCUUGUCAUUUUCCAGCUUGUUUUCCACUUAUCAAUGGUGCAGGUUGGAGGGGCUGUCAAGAAAUAAACAUUUUAUUAGCCCUAAGGCUUUAUGUCACUUUACAGCUUGUUCUUCCUUUAUCAAUGGUGGAGGUCGUAUGGACUGUCAUGAAAUAAAUGUCUAAUCAUUUGGAUGGGACAAAAAAAAACUGAUGUCACUGGUGUACUCGGUGUGAAGUUGUGAACCCUUUGACAGAAUUUAUGAUGAAGAAUCAAUCUGAUUAAAAUACAGAUCUAUA